AUCGUUUAUAUGACCAAGAAAAGCGAAUGAUAGUGGAACGCCGAGACGUCAAAAUUGUGGAGGGUGAGUUCGUCAAGGAAGUAAAUGAUAUUUACGAAAAUGGAGAUCAGACUGAGGAUCUUGCAAAAAUCAUCAUACGCUUUGAGUCAAACGAAGAACCUCUGCAGGUACAAACUGUUGUUGAGCCCGAAGACGAAACGAUUAGCAACAUUGACAACAGCGAUGAUGAUGAGGAGGAGUACUUCGUAAGUGCAAGCGAUCCAGAACAGAGCCGCAGCUCAGAUGAAGAAGACAUCCCACAAAUACGUGGCCCAAGAAGGCCAAAAAUCAUUCGUACUGGUCAACCUGGCAGACCAAAGAAGCAGUACAAUGUCCUCAACAAUCUUAGCUGCUCCGAUGACAUUGAGACUCCACGGACCGUUGCAGAGGCGUUGCACUCGUGUCAAAUAAUACAUGGACUCCUGUCAAUCUUCCGCCCGGAAAAAAGGCUAUAGGUUCAAAAUAGGUUUUCAGAAUCAAACGCAACCAAAACGGUGACAUUGAAAGGUUUAAGUCGAGACUUGUGGCACAAGGAUGUGGCCAGCAGUUUGGCGUAAACUACUGGGAGACAUAUUCUCCAGUGAUACGUUAUGAGACAAUCCGAAUGUUAUUUGCGAUUGCUGCAGAAAAGCAGUUACACAUGCAUCAGGUGGAUAUCUCUAACGCGUAUCUCAACGGUAAACUCCAAGAAGUCGUCUAUAUGAAGCAACCCGUAGGCUUUAUAGAUAAGCAGAACCCC